AUGUUUGGUGGACUCGCCAAUUUGCUGCAACCAGCAACUAUUGGUCCACCACCCAAGGAUGUACCCCCGGCAACUCCUGUACAGCUCCCGGACUUCACUCCACCAGCUCCGGGAUCUGCCACGCGACAUCCGUCUUUGGUCCGGUUCUUGCAGUCAUUGCAUCGACCGGCAGGACUGAGUGAGGCACAUUUUGAAGCCUUGGGACUUCGUCUGCAUUCUGACGCUCCAGCCGAGGAGGUCCUAUCCGACCCAUCAUUUCUCCCUCCCACAUCAGGAGAAUGUGAGAGGCUCAAGACGGGCCAAUCUGUAGAGGGAAAUAUUGGAUUUUGCUUUCCCCUGUGCAAUGGCAACACGUCUCCAGAGGCAAGAGCCUAUCUAGAGAGGCGGGAUGAGCUUUCAAUAGAGAACCAGGCCGCUUUCCGAACAGUUCGCCGCAUCCGACCUGAGCCGGGUGUCAAAGCAGCAAGACUUGGCAACUGCUAUGAGUUCUACCGACAACUCGAGCAGAUGGCUGGGUACUGGGAUGACUCAUCACUACCGCCCAUGCAGCAGCAGCAGCAGCAGCAGCAGCAGCAUGAAAAUGAGCAGGACCAGCCCGAGGACAGCAAACCCCCGCAGCGUUUCCCUCUACCAAAGCCAUUGGACGCCAGUUUAGAGCAGGUACAGGUCUCGUUAAUGGGCGCCAUGUCUGCUCCAGAGUCCCAUUCACGUUCUGAGCCCAGUAGUUCUCAAGAUCAAUCGUCCUGGCGUGUUACGUAUCGGACAUCGAGUGGGAACACUAUGCCUGCAGAAGUGAGACACCAUGUGAUAAGUGCUUUUCUCAAGCUCGUGUCUUACGACUUUGGCUGCAAUAUCUCGGCACCCCGGACCGAACCGAGAUUACAGCUGCUUACACCGAGCCCUUUGUCAAAAACAAUCACCUCAUCUACACCCAAAAACCAGGAGCAGCAACAGCCGCGCAAACAGGUCGCCUCCUACUUUCCUUCGGGAUGUGUGUUUCUGGUUCGCAUGCCCACGACGCGCGAAGCAGCCAGGGCUGGAAUUGUCGAGGGACCGAUUGCUGCUGUCUCGGCGCGCAACACGACGAGCUUCUCGUCGCCUGCCGAGAACAACAUCGACUUUGGCCGCGAGCUCAUCGCUGCGCUGAUCACAGCCCAGCACCGCUCUCGCGAGGGCAAGGAAGAAAAGCGCUUUGGAGAGGGAAAGUGGUGGGCGCAUGCAAAGCGCUGGGGAGGCGGUCCAGGAGGUCCUAUAGGCCGGGAAGUCGAGGGCAGCGUGGCAGGCGACAAAGACAAGGAAACCAAUGCCGCUUCCAAUCCGAUGAAAUCAGAGAAACCAGAUACCGCCCAUGAGGGGAAUGGCGGCGGGGCACACUCGUCCGAGACAUCAAAGGAGCGCCCGCGAUCUCCGCCGCACCCCAUCUCGCCGUCCUCGGGGUUGCCCAUGCGCGGCCCGCCGGCCGCCAAGAAGCAGCGCAAGACUGGUCAUUUAAGCAUCUACGACAACUACCGUCAGGUGAAGCUCCCGGCAGCGACUUGGGAUAAAAAGGCGCGGUACAGUGCCAUUGGCAAAGUACCCGGUGCCGAUUACGAUGACGUCUUUGUCAUUAGCAGCCUUUUCCACCAUAUUUCCGUCAUUAGGGUCCGCGUGCCCCUGCGCAUUUUGGAUGUUCUUGCUGGAGCGCCCGAAGGGGAAGGGGAGCAGAGGGAAGAGAAGAAGAAGGAGGAGGAGGAGGAGGAGGAGGAAGAGGAGGAAGACGAGACAGGCCAUGAUAAGAGCUGGGGUGAGCUCCAAGUCUGGCGGAGUAAAUGGUUUGACCUCUUCCUCGCAGAGGACAGGCUCGAAGCGCUGAGGCUGCUGUGGGGCUUGAACGCCUGGAUGAUGCGCAAAGUCGACAGUGAUGUAAAGACUCAGUAG